AUGUGGACGACUGUGUUUUCCGUGGCAGCUGGGCUGGCCAGUCUGCCAUUGACUCAUGCCUUUAACAAUCCUCCAGGUGUGGACAUCUGGUGCGGCAAGGCCUAUCGAGCGAGCAAUGCUUCAUUCAACCCUGGUGGCUGGUUUGAGCAGCCCUCGUACUCUUCAACUCCCCUUCUGGACCUCAAGGUCCGGCCGCGAAUGAGCAUCUAUCUCGAGACAGAUGCAAAGGGUAGCCUUCUCGUUGACACCACCGUCUCUCACAUCGUCGGUGAUUCUCUACCAGUUCAGGCCCGGACAAACUACACAGACCACAUCACCAACACCACCUUCACCACCACCUCCGAACUCUUCUACCUCCCCCAACGCACCGACGGCGGCAGCGCCACCCGCAUCGACCACCGCACGGGCAUGCUCUCCUACAUCCAGAACCAAUCCGUAACCUGGACCCCAAUCUUCCCCUACACCUACUACGCCCAAUGGUCCCUCUACUGGGACACCAACACCAGCACUCUAGAAACCUUCGCCUCCCAAGGCUACAACGUAAUCCAUAUCGUCCCCACAGGCACCCUCAGCGAAACGCCCUUCCCCUGGACGACCUUCGAUCCCUACCUCACCACCUCCGACAAGCAAAACCUCCACCUUCAAUACGACGUCCUCUUCGACCCUACCAACCUGACCAGACUCACCGACCAAGUCACACACAUCCACACCCACCCCUCCCUCCUCCUAUACUACACAGCCGACGAACCAGACGGAAAAGGCAACCCCCUGAACUCGACCCGUCUGGCGUACGACCUCAUCCGCUCCAUGGACCCGUACCAUCCGGUGUCUCUAGCUCUGAACUGUAAGGACUUCUAUUAUGAGGAGUAUGCCUCCGGGGCGGAUAUUAUCCUGUCGGAUGUGUAUCCCGUCGCGACGAAUACUUCCUGGUCGACUGUGUAUGACACGCCGUGUAAUGCUACGUAUGGGUGUUGUGGGUGUGAUGAUUGCAGGGGUGAAUUCGAGGAUAUAAGUGAUAGGUUGGAUCAGUUCUAUGAAUUUGAUGCGGUUGUUGGUUGGGAGAAGGUGCAUUGGGGCGCGCCGCAGGCGUUCGGGGAGGAGACGUUUUGGACGAGGUAUCCUACGGCUGAGGAGGAGGUGGUUAUGGUUAUGUUGAGUGUUAAUCAUGGAGCGAUGGGCACUGUUAUGUGGGAUUAUCCGAGUAGUGAUGGGAUUGAGAGGAUUACGCGGGAAUUGGGGCCUGUCGUCACUGGGGAGGUGUUUGUGGGGUUUUUGGAGGAGGGAGUUAGAAGGGUGGGGGUGGUGAAGGGGGCAGGGAGGGUGGAUGUUGCGUGGUGGGUGGUGGAAGAGGAGGGGAGGGCGUUGGUGAGUGUGGUUAAUUUGAAUUAUCGGGGGACUGGGGAGGUCAGGGUGGGUUUGGGGGGUGUGAGGGUGGCUGGGGUAGAGAAGGUGCUUUGGGGUGGGGAGGGAUGGGAUGUCAAGGAUGGGGAGUUGGUUAGGGAGGGGUUGGGAGGGUUGGAGGCGGGUAUUUUAGUGGUGGAUUUGGUGUAG